CGCUUUAAAGUGUGACGACUUCCGGUGAGACCCACGUUUUUUACUUGCAUUCUCACAUUCUCUGCAGUAUAGGACGUUUUGUAUCCUAAAGAAAUGAGACCUUUAACAGAAGAGGAGACGAAAACAAUGUUUGAGAAGCUGUCAAAGUACAUAGGGGAAAACAUUAAACUUCUAGUGGACCGACCCGAUGGCACCUAUUGCUUCAGGCUACACCAGGACCGUGUGUUUUACAUGAGUGAGAAAAUUCUCAAAUUGGCCACAAACUUUUCCAGAGAUAAGCUGAUUUCAGUGGGUACGUGCUUUGGGAAGUUCACAAAGACCAAAAAGUUCCGCCUGCACAUCACCGCUCUGGAUUUCCUGGCUCCGUAUGCAAAGUUCAAGGUGUGGGUGAAGCCUGGAGCAGAGCAGUCUUUCUUGUAUGGGAACCAUGUGUUGAAGUCUGGCCUUGGCAGAAUUACUGAAAACACCAUGCAGUAUCAGGGAGUAGUGGUGUACUCCAUGGCUGACGUACCUUUGGGUUUUGGAGUAGCUGCCAAGUCCACACAGGAGUGCCGGAGAGUAGACCCCAUGUCCAUUGUUGUGUUCCACCAGGCUGAUGUGGGAGAGUUUAUCAGGAGUGAAGAAACACUGACAUGAUGUAGCAACAGGAUGGAAAUUUUUUUGUUUUUGUUUUUUUUGCCACGUUUUUGUUGGUGUGUAAUACUUAACAUCUGUUUUUUUUUUACUUUGGAAAUCUGUAAUUGUGGGUCUUUCAUAGAAUCUUUCCAUUAAAACAUCCAACUAAAGGUAGUUUUAUGU